AUGUCCAAGAUUACCGUCGCCGGUGUGCGUCAGAACGUUGCUGAGCUGCUUGACUACAGCAACAAUGUCAAGAAGCGCAACUUCCUGGAGACCGUCGAGCUGCAGAUCGGUCUGAAGAACUAUGACCCCCAGCGUGACAAGCGUUUCUCUGGCACUGUCAAGCUGCCGACCGUCCCGCGCCCGAACAUGAGCAUCUGCAUUCUCGGUGACCAGCACGACAUUGACCGCGCCAAGCAUGGCGGUAUCGAUGCCAUGAGCGCCGAUGAUCUGAAGAAGCUUAACAAGAACAAGAAGCUCAUCAAGAAGCUGGCUCGCAAGUAUGAUGCCUUCAUUGCUUCUGAGAGCUUGAUCAAGCAGAUUCCCCGUCUGCUGGGCCCCGGUCUGUCCAAGGCCGGCAAGUUCCCAACCCCGGUCUCGCAUUCUGAUGACCUGAGCGCCAAGGUUAAUGAGGUCAAGUCGACCGUCAAAUUCCAGCUCAAGAAAGUCUUGUGCAUGGGUGUUGCCGUUGGCAACGUCGGUAUGACCCAGGAGCAGCUGGUGGCCAACAUCAUGCUGGCCAUCAACUACCUGGUCUCUCUUUUGAAGAAGGGCUGGCAGAACGUUGGCAGUCUGACCAUCAAGGCUACCAUGUCUCCUCCCAAGCGCCUCUACUAA